GAGGAAUUGAAGUAGGGCCGACAUUCGCUAGUCUCAAUACCUCCGCUAUCGUUGCAUUCAAGAUGCGUUGGCGGCAAGAUAAAUUGAACUGAUCAAUCGAUCGUCGGGACGACGAGGAAAAAAGCUAUACCAGAAACAUUAACACGAGGCACAAAGAGACGAGAAGUUACCUCUACUGAUAACAACUUCGGAAUAUCGUGAUGUUGGAUCGGAGGUUUAAUGCUGGAGCGGGGUUGAAAGGAUUUGAUAAUAGGUGGGGAUGAUGGCUUGUGCAGUUAUCGGAGGUGCUAGAUCCAGUCGAGUUGGCAUUUGAGAGCAACAGAAUCAACAUUGAGUGUUGCCACGAGCAUCAAGCCUUGCCAUCAUUGGAUCAUUCGUCAUUAAUAUCAAAAGAAAAGCAGCGUUCCAGUUUUCCUGGAAAUCGUGGUCCGGUUGUUGGCUGAUCGAGAUAAGAAGAUAGAAGAUUUGAAACGAACGGAGAAGUGAGACAUUCUGGCGGCGAUGCUGGUUCGCGCGCCUUACACUCUAACUUUCGUCUUUUUAGUAUGCUGGUUUAGAAAUAAUGCUGCGAUUCCACUUGCCUCUCGUUCUUCAGACUCAAGUCGAGUGCGGCAUGCGUUAAAAGAUAAAGAAAUAGGCUAUCGACGUUAUGAUAUUGCUGCGCAAUCUCGUGCAGCGAGAAGGAUGGAGUCAUCGGAGUCAUCGGCUUCACUUGACGUUGGUGAUAGCGCCAAAAUUCAUAAAAUAAUUAAGAAUGAAAAUGUUACUAUGAAUACGAAUGUCCCCGAUCACCAUGAGCAACAUAGUCACGAGCAUCUCAAACAAGAUGACAUUUCUGAGGCAGAACAACCCGCACGACCAAAUUGCACGAGCGGUAAGAAGGAGAAUCAGAGAUAUUCGAGCAGCUUCAUUGGAAAUGUAACGAAACGUGGUGAUGAGUUGAAUGUUGACAAGGAAUUUAAGGAUAUAAUCGGCAAGGCUAAGACGAUCAGCAGUGUUCAUGAGGAUGAGGAUAUUACUUUGUGUUGGAUCGAGACGACGACCAUCAAAGAGAAUAAGACCGUGCAGCCGCCGAGAAGGCUGGUGAUCCGCGAAUACACGAUUUCUUUCGAGAAUUCUGCAACUAUACCGGAUAAAUAUCUCGAAUGCAAAAAGCUUGAGGGUGAAUUAACACCGAAUGAUGAAGAGAUUAAUAAAACGGCUCUGUUCGAGAUUAUAGACGAGGAUACCAAAGUUAGCAGAGUUGUAAAUUUCACCUCGAUUAGUCAUGUCGGCGACGUUAUUAUUUGGCAAUAUAAAAAGGUGAAAUGCGGGGUCGGCCCGGUGGUCAGUAAGAAUAUCGUAGAGUGGAACGACGGCUCGAAAAAGCCGAAGAAGAGAGUGGAAAUCAAAGUUAGCCCUAAACUGCAGAAAUUAACGGCGACGAAGACCGAGGAGGAGGAACCCUGUACGGAGAGUUCCGUGGAAGAUGAAAAUGAAAAUAGCAGUGAUGUCACUACUGAAUUUUGUAAAAAUAUGAAUGGCGCUUGUGAGGUGACUACAAAAUCUGAGGACAUUUCAAUAAAAAGUACUACUGAGAUAAGCAUAAGCGAAGAGGUCACUGAAUCAAAAGAAGAAGCUGAAAGCGAGAGUGAAGAGGAUCUUAGUUUAUCUAGCGAUGUUACAAAACCAUCGAUAUUAUUUGGUGAAGAAAUAUUUACAUCUACAGUAGAACCUAUUACAAAUGAAGAGAUCGUAAGCUGUGAGCAGGAUUCAUCGGAUCCAUCAUGUACAACGCAAAAGAAUAUCAUGCAUUCUUCAUCUUUGGAAGAAGUGUUUACUGAAGCAGGCGCGACUACAGAGAUUUCAAGUAUUCAUCAAGAAAUUGUUACAGAAAAAGAUAUUUUUGAUAAAGAAAAACUACCCCAGUUUUCCUCUAAAUUAGAAAAGGAAAAAGAAGUUUCUGAUUCAAUUACUGACGAGUCAACUCUUCUACCAUCCACGACAGAUAUAUUAAUAAAGUCUUCUGUUACAACCCCUAAGAAUAUCGAUUAUACUGUCAGUACGUCAGAAACAAAUAUUACGACAAGUCAUGGCGCGACAAAAGAUGAAAAAGAAGAAGAAAACUUAACGUCCACAGAUAAUAGUAAAGAUACUUCUACUGAAUUGACGAGCGAAGAAUUAACCGAGACAGAUCAUGUUCCGUCUUUAAGUACGAUAAAUUCAGCUGAGAUUAAUGCUGAGCAAGAAGUUACAACCAAGGUAUCACCGCAUGAAAUCACCGAAUUCGUGAAAGAAUCCGAAACAUUUACCGAAAUCUUAAACAAACUAUCAUCAAUUUCGACUGAAAGUAUACCUGAAAGUGUAACCUCUCAAUCGAUAUCGACGCUCGAAGAAGUGCUCUUCCAAGGCACGACAACCACUUCGUCAUCUACUGAGAUCAAAUCGACAGCUAGCAGCGAGGUUGAUUACUCGUGCGAGAAUUCCGAAGAUUGCGCAUAUAUUAACAGUCCGGAAUCUUGCGACGAAUUCGGAAAUUGCGACAGUGUAACUUCCAGUUCUUGCGAGUCAAGUAUAUGUUCUGAGGAGGAAACCGAGGAUCAAUCGAAGCCUGACACGAUAUUUUUACCAACGAAAAAUCAAUCGUUCGUAACUGAAUCUCAAUCGUCUGAACAGUUAGCAACGAGCGAAAUUCAACAUACGACUGUCGCAAGUGUCCCUACGACCCUAAUUGCUCAGGAUACUGAGAGCAAUUCAACGAUGAUCAAUAUGGACACGCGAAGAACCACGACUACAAGUAAGCCACAGCACAUAUUGUCUUUAAAAGUGAAGAUUCUUCUAGAACAUAUCAAUGAAAAGAAGGAGAAGCACAACUUGGUCGAGGUUGAGAAACACGUGUCAUUUGAUGAGAAUUCGAUACAAGAAAAUCAUCCUGAUUUGUUAAAACAAUUGAAAGCUCUGAACGAAUCUGUCAACAAUGAAACCUUAAGCGCGUUACUAAAGUGUAUCGGACCAAUCCGAGCGAAAUUGGACAAUUUGAUAGAAAAAACGAAUAUUAACAGUAUGCAAUCAAAUGAUGUUGAUAAGAGUCAUAAAGAAUCGGAAUAUACGGAUUUUUCUGCUUUUGAAGAUUUAAUUUCAGAGCAAUUUACUUCUGAACGCGCCCUUGCUAAAAACGAGGACUUCCAGUAUUCUGAAUAUGAUCAAGAAAACGAUCGAGAAAACGAGGUAUUAUAUCGUAGACGAAGACGCAGAAGUCUUGAUGAUAAAAAAGGAAAUUUAGAUGCACUCGAUAUUGUUACAAAAAGUUCCAUUGAUCCUGAUGAAUUGUCGGUUACGACUAAUUCCUUAAACGUUUCAGAAUUACAAACAACUUCUUUGACGGAGACUACUCAUCCUUCUACAACCACAAAUAACCCCGAAGAGGGGACAAAUUAUGUUACAGAAAAUGAAAGAAAUACAACUACAGAAGGAAAUGACGGCGUAACGUUUUCGACAAUAAAAAACAACGAUACCGAUUCAACCACUUUAGAAUACCAAGAUGUUAAUGUGACAAAGGAGAGCGUACAGCUUUCUACAACGACCAACAACCCUCAAGAGGAAACAAGCGACACAGUACGUACAGAAAGUGGAAACGACACAACUACAGAAAUAGUUUUAAGCACAGUGCCUUCGGUAAGUGAGAACGUCGCCAACGAGACGAAGAUAGAAGUCGUGCAAGUAUUACCAGAGAUACAGAAAGAUGUUUCAACUGGGCUGAAGCACGUGUUUACGGAAUUGACGCAGAAUAAUCUAACCUCCGUCAAUGACACGAACAAAACAGUUAAAACGAAUCUAUUACUAAAAAUUAUAGCAGAUCCCAAGGAUAACAGGGUUCACUCGAGGAUAAGACGAGCGGCUGCGGAAGAGGUCGGACAUUGGUCGAACGAAAGGAUCAGAGAGAUGUCGAUGGGUGGCAGUCUUAGGACUUUCACCGAAUUCACACUGUAUAAAGUCCUUUCUUGAAUAGAUGUGCGGCAAGUCUAAAAGUUUUACCUUAUCGUUUUAGUAAAUCUGAUAUCACAUAAAAGAUAAAUUCAAAAAAACUGGUAUCAGAGAUUGCAUUGCGCAUGUAUAAAUUUCAUUGUGCCUUCUUAAUUUAAUCAUAUGAAUUAAUAAGAAAGGCUUCGUAAUUUACAUUUGUUUAUCAAAACAUGGCAGAUGUAAAAUUAUAUAUAAGAAUAUGCUUUCUAUUUACAAAAAAUGUA